GUCUGAAUUCGAAUCGUGCCGGGUGUCGGUGCCGAGUAGUCGGUAUAAAUAAUGUAACGCUACAGUCCUGCGAACAUCACUUCAUAGAAGAAGCAUUACUACGCAAACCAGCUACAUGGUUUAUAAUUAUUGUAUAGCCUUCGCUUAGAAAGUGCGGAUUCGCUCAUUGACGCGCAUUUGUUCGUGUUGCACGAAAGUGCCCGGAGGAAGAAGAACUUUGAGCUCGUGAUGUUGAUUGGACUGAUACAAAUGAAUGUGGUCGAAGUCGUAAGAUUAUCCUUCAGUGUCACUGUCUUCGAAGUAUCCCGAACGCCUGGUUCCUAAUUUAUCUCACAGGCCUCAAGAUUAUUUCGGCAUAAAAUAAUUACGCUGUCAAUGUCCGCGAUCUGAUGGCAAUGUCAUCGGACCUUGCCCCUUCUGGUCGAAAUCAUCGAGAAGAAAUUCUUAAAACCCAAUCCAUUUCUUCAGGAUCUCCAGCCUAUUUUAUGCAGGGCCAUCUCUGGGGACCGCCAGCACCCCUCCAUAAAGUGUCCCAUCUCUUCCGCCUCUAGUCAUUAUCGGACCAGACUCCAAUAUGGCUACGUCUUCACCAAAAAUGUCCCCUAUGCCCUCGCCUCUCAACAAAGAUGAUGACAAUUUUGAUCCGGAAUACGCUGCAAAACUCCGCAGCAAUCCAGCAGUCCAAUUGGCGGUCAGAUCGUUUCGGACGAUGCGCCGCAGUGCGCUGACUCCAGUAGCUCGGAGAUUACGUGACGUAAUGGUUCAACGAUAUCCUGUGUAUCCUCCUGCGGUCAAUCUGAAUGCACUGAACAACACCGACUGGACCGAGGUGGCUAUCAAUGUACCCCGACUAUCGGCAAGUUAUAGCAUGGAUGCCGAAAGAAGCUCUAAGGGUCUCCUGCACCUCAACAAACUUUUACGAAAUACGUUCGGCGCAGACAUCUUUAUCAUGGUCGGAACAUUACUCGCGUUCGUGGGGUCGGCCGUUACCAUUUUUGCCAGUUACGGCAGCUUUGCUAGUCCGGAGACUCGACCACUUGUGCUCGGACUGGGCCCGCCACUCAUCGGAAUUGGCUUCCUCUUUUGUUUGUUACGACUGUUCUUUUGCAGAUCGCGUAAUUUGUGCAUGCAUUGCACAGCAUAUUGUCAGGGGCCCGCCGCUGAGGAUGAAACGAAGACGAAAACAGGCGCAUCGGGAAGACUGUUUACCGUAAUGAGCGGUAAGAAAGUCCAUCCGAUACUCGAGCAAAUACAGUAUGGACACAAUGGACUCCACAUAAACGGAACUAUCAAGAACGGUUGCCCAGAAGCAUCAAGCAGCGGUAACGCAGAACGAAAAUAUAAUGGGCCUAUUUGGACAAUUACGUGAUCGACGUUGUGACUACCGCUAGCCGCGUGACACCUCUGGUGGCGAUCUAUGCAGGUAACAUGUACAUAGAGAGGGAAUGGAUGAGAACAAAGACAACACUCACAUGUAUUAUAGAUAGAAGUCUAAAUAGAAAACUCCUAUUACUUCAACGAUGGACUAGAGAAUUAGCGCAAUGGAACAACGAACUACUAUGUUUGCAGAUGCCCUUUGCAGUGCCUAAAGCUACGUAUACUAUACAGAUUUGCAGGUAUCAAGAACGAUUCGACAAAGCCGUGUACGUUAGUUGUCUAUAAUUAUUUGCCGAUUGUAAAGUACAGUGUCAAUUAAAAAGGGCAUGUCGAACUUGAAAGAAAAGCUUCGAUUUGUCGUCAACAGCUACUAUGUCUGAUCCCUUAUCAACCACUGUUAAUUUGACUUGCAACAGCAAAGUACAUAUCGUUUUCACACUAGAAUCUAAUUUAGCUUUGUAAAGACGCAGGGACUGCUCGUAGCCGUGACGUGGUAGCUUAUUGCUGAAAGCACAACGUCUUCAGAAUCAUCAUGCAAUCUAUUUAGGUAUCGGCAUUCGUUACUCAGAGAACAACGUUAAGAUAGUCUUCAGCGUCAAAUCGAAAAUUCUGCUAAGACAUAUUAACUACGAAACAUAUGACGUUCGUAACCGACAACGAAUUCAGAUGUCCUUCCAAUCUGAAGUGUCGGUGUCCAGCUUUGCAUAUAAAGUGCGGUGUGACUUUUAGAUGAAUCCGUUAAUUCAGUCUGGCAUAUCGUUGAAUUUGUCCUGAUCAUAUAUUCAGAUCAAUACUUGACCAGACUGUAACACGACUGAAUGCUGAGAUUUUAUUAAGUACAAUAUACUGUAAAUAUGAAAGACCUAAUUCAAAGCGUAACGGAGAAAAAUUGUCAACGUUCUCUACAGCCUAUGUACAAUGGCUAUGAGAGAAGCGUAAACGGUCCUCGAUUUCCUGCGUAUUGAAAAAGUGCCCGUCGAUUACAGAAUUACUCGUCUACAGCUGGUUGACUAGCGUCGCCCUUUACAUACUAUGUUACGUACGCGUAUCCUUUAAGAAUUGUUUUAUGUAGGCUAUUUUCAUGUAAGAGGUCGAAAAAUACUUCCUAUACUUAAAUAGGAAUAAAAAUUAAAAUAUGAAUAUGGUAGUGAACGAGUAUACAAGUGCCAAGUGCAGCCAUGAAAUACUUUGGUGAUCAUUACCUGAUGCCGCGCACUUCAGGGAUGUAGAAG